UGCCCAUGGUGUCUGCUGCGGUUCUCUCUGGGGAUGGUAGAAUGAGAGGGAUGCUCUUAGUGCUGCUCUGCGUCUCCCACUCUUCUGCCAGCUGUGGCAUCCAGCACAUCGAAACUUUAGCAACUUCCGAGGAGGGCAUGGUCCACGGCAAGGAGUUCCCAUGGGUGGUGUCGCUGCAGGAUUCCCUGUACACCCACCUGGCUUUCGGCAGCAUCCUCAGUGAGUUCUGGAUCCUCAGCAUCGCAUCCAUCUUUAAGAACAGGAAGGAUGCUAUUGCUAUAGUUGGUAUAGCUAAGAUGGAUGCCAAAGUGAUUUUUCACAAAGAGUAUCCAAUCAAUACUAUCAUCAUCCACGAGGACUUUGAUAAUGACACAAUGGCCGAUAACAUAGCCCUCCUGAAGACAGACACGGCGAUACAGUUCAACGACCUGGUCAAGCCCAUUUGCUUCCUCGGCAGAAAGCUGCAUAUACCACCAACCUUGCAGAACUGCUGGGUGGCAGGAUGGAAUCCCACAUCUGCAACAGGACAUCACAUGACGAUGAGUAUCCUGAGGAAAAUCUCCGUGAAAGACAUGAACCUGUGUCCCUUAAGCAAAAUCCAGAAAUCAGGAUGUGGCAAUCAUGCAGAGAAUGAAAUUAAUUCUGUCUGCUUGGGCGACCCAGGGAACCCAAUGAUGUGCCAGCUCCAGCAUCUGAAUGUGUGGGUGCUGAGAGGAAUCCUGGCCCAUGGUGGUGAGGAGUGCCCCGGCCUCUUUCUGUACAUCAAGGUGGAAGACUACAGUGACUGGAUCACAGCCAAGACUAAGAGGACCAGCCCGCCCCUGUCUUCCUUCCACCACUGGAACAAUCCGAUUCCCUUCUUCAACCAGUUGGCCCACACCACCGUGACAGAGAAAAAAUACACUGGGCUGUCCCAGGUUGGAUUGUCCCAACCAUUCUUCCAAGGACAGAAAGGGGUGACCAUACAAUCAUGGCCAGCGAACGGCUCCAGAGAGAAAGCAGACUUUAGGGGAAGGGGUGCCAUGUUGUUGAGCACGUCUCCUGACAUGGCCGUACAGCCCAUGUACUAUGACUAUUACGGUGGGGAGGCUGGGGAGAAUGGGGCUGUGUCAGGUCAGAACUGGUUACAUCAGCCCCAAGAAAUUAUCUUGUUUUUCUUUGUGCUCGUUUUCUUUUGCAGUGGUAUCGAAUCUAGGAACUAACGCUCUAAAAUGAAGAGUAAGCUCAGAAUGCUGAGUGCCAGGCAUUCACCGUGCUAUUUUUGGUGCGUGUUUUGGAUAGUUGCACACCGGGGCUGCCACGGACAGACCCACAGCACGUAGAGGGACGGCUCUUCCUUCUCUGCCCCACUCCCACAUUCGGGAAGGUCACUUUCAUUUGUGCUUGUGAACUAAAUGUGGGCUAACAAGUGUCAAACCAUUCAUUAGAGUGCCCUGUGGUUCUUUCAGUGUUAACCGUUCCAGGGGCCAGCCUGUGAAAACUCUCCACGGGCAGAUGUGGCCUGGGAGGUGACCAUAUCAGCCUGGCUGGAGAUCUUGGGCACCAGCCAGCAGUGAGAGGAUCCCAUGAGAAGGAAGGAACGGAUUACUUUAAUGGAUCACUUUUUGGUCUCCAAGUGUGCCCCUCCUCUGGCUGUUUCCUAGGGGGGUAACUUCCUGCAACUGUUCGUUGGCUGUUUUCAUUUUAUUCCAAGCCUUGCGGUAGCCUUUUAAAGACAUCUGUCAAAAGGAAAUGGGAGAGGGGGAGAAGAGAACAUCAUUUGGGAAAAACUGAUUGUGACUAUUCAGAAUGCAACCCGCAUCCAGUCCUAUGACGGUGCGGGCCCUAAAGUGUUUGUUUCUGUUCAGUGAAGUGAGAAGUUGCAAGUUCCUGAUGUUCCUCUGCUACUUUUCGGCUCCAGAGCUGACGGACCUAAGUCUGGAUCCUAAUUAAGGCCCUGUCACAAGUCCCGUGGGAAGUGCGGCUGGGGUCUCGAUGUGGAAACACCAAAUCAGCCAAGUGACCUGACUGGAUGUUUAAGCUACUCCAGGGCUGUCUAAAGUGCCCUCAGCAUGCAACUCUGUGGCCUGUGGCAUCUCUGGGUUUCCUUUUUUUCUGAUGCCAGCACAGCGUUUGCACAUUCCCCAGGCCUCUUCGCAGCUCACCGGGGGUCAGGGGGCUACUGUGCACACUGUAUCUUAUGAAAAGGCUGUGGGCAGAGUCAAAACAUGAAAAGACCUAUGUGUAAAUGCAACUGUGUAAAUGCAUGGAAUCAGGUUCUGAGUGACAUUAAAAAUCCAUUAUUACCUAAUUUUUUAAAACACUGGCUUCUCCAUGUAUAAAGUAGCAAUCACUAACUCAUCAAUGGUGGGGGGAGGUGUUCAGUAAUUUCCAGAAUUCAUCAAAAAAACAUGCAACUACAAAUAUGCUAUGACUAGAGUCUUUUCCUGAUAAACGAGGAAAAGUUUGUCUUAAGGAUGAAAAGGAAGCUUUAAGGAGAAAAAGCCAUCCUUCAUUUUGGUAUAAGUUGAAGCAACUGCUGAGACAUCUUGCUGAUACUCUAGAGUCCAGAGAGCAGUGUUCUUAGCUCAAAACCAAAUCCUAGCCAAGAAUGCAAAGGGCAUGAAAGACUACCCCCCCAGGGGUCUCUGGACUGACCUCUGCAAUCUCCACUUUCCUCUCCCACAUCUUAAUGGUCUUCUCCAGCUCUCCGUUCAGGAUCUUCUCGUGGACAUACAUCAUCACUGGCGGGGCUCGGAACUCUGCCAGUUGCUUCCGGAGUUUCUUGUUUGAAGCCUCGGCUUUGGCCCGGUCCUGGUGGGGCAGGAACAGUUAAAUCCCGGGACCCCUGGCAGUUCCCGCUUGCUGGGCCUAAUUGGCCCCAGCAUCUCUUCCCAGUUUUAAUGUGUACUUCUAAAAAACAGUGUUGACAUUUUCAAAGGAGUGGGGGUAAGUCACAAAAUUCUGAUUCUUUAUAGAUCAUGAGGUUUCUACCCAGUUCAGAAACACUAAGCUCAAUCUAAAACAGUCAUCUCUUCCAGCAUUAAGAAAUGUUUUAUUUAUCUUGAUUUCUUAGGUUAGCUUUUUUAGAAAAAUUAGUAUUUCAGUACACUUUGAUUGGGUCAGUCUCAAUUCACAUUCCUGUCUGGUUAUUUUUUUUUUAUAAAAUAUACA